UUGGGAGCUUGCAUGCUACGCUAAUGGCAGAUUCACAGCCAUUGUUCUUUAGCCAAACUCUGCUACCCGAAAACUCCGAAGUCCAACCUCAACAAUAUCGAAACCGUCGAAAGCGGAAGGCAAAAGACAGAGAGAGAGAACCCGAACAGGAACUCUUAAUAUUUGGCUAUGAGGCUCGUUUAUUUACCGACGACGAAGCAGCAAAACGAAUAGAUGACGGGAAACAUCUUAUACCAUGGCAAGGCAUCAAAGACAACCCGAUACUGGUUGACAGGUUUGAUGCGAGGAACCUUUUAGAUGAUUUGAACGGAUUAAAAUUGAACAAGGCUUCUUCGACUGAUUCUGAAGAUGAAGACGAAGUACUAGACGCUGAGCGAUACGCAGAUUUGGAUUCUGAUGAAGAGGAACUGUUCCAAAUGAGCGACGAAGAUGAAAGAGAUCAGUACGUUGAGGAAAAGCGGAAACGAAGGAAAAUGGAGCAGGAGCAGAAGACAUAUCAGUACUCUUAUGACGAUAAGGCACAAGCUAACAUCGGCAACAAUGUAGAAGAGAAGACUUUAGAACCUGAAGAGGUUAUAGAAGAAAUACGGUGUAAUUUCCAGAUACCCAAAGAAUUAGAAAAGCCCAAGACGCAAAAGCAAGUUGAUAUCAUCGAAAAAACCGCCAAAUUUAUAGCCUCGUCAUCAACCGAUGCUUCACAUAUGGAGAUAACAAUCCAAGCGAAGCAAGCUAGCAAUCCACUUUUCGCAUUUCUGCACAAAGAUAACAAGCUGUACAAAUUUUACCGCCAUAUUCUAUGGCUCUCCAAUUCUGGCCUAAGCGGAUACGGCAGCAGUGACAGCGAUACCGACGCGGACGAAGAAAAGAACAAUGAAAGUAAUGAUAACAUAGAAGAUGUGACAAAAAGUUAUGAGCAGCCGAAUAAUGUUGACAUUUACGAGGCAAUUGAAAAGACAGCAGCAUUUGUAGCCAAGGCAGGACCAUCGCUAGAGAGCAAAAUCAAGGAAAAGAAUCUUGGGAAUCCAAAAUUUGCAUUCCUUCAACCAUGGAAUGAGCAUCAUGCAUACUAUAGAACGCGAGUAGAUGACAUAGCAUCCAUGUUGCCUACCACGAGUAAUCAACUCACGCAGUCUGUUGACCCAGCCGUCACACCAACACCUUCACCUGCGAAUCAAUUGUCUGAUAGCGAUCAGCAAAAACAGCUUCAAAACGAAAGGCUUGCCAAAGUACGAGCACUACUGGCAUCGAAAGGACAACGAACCUGAAUAGCAAUAAAUGUCAUUUACAUCAUUCAUCUUGAUUAGACAAUACUCUUUUUUCUUUAUUUUUUUUAUUUUAUUUGUUUUGAGGGUUUGAAGAGAACUAUUGUUAUUACAAACUUUUAAAAAGUUAAA